AUGGCGCGGAUCAAUCACGGAAUCGUUGGAAUCUCAAUCUUGAUCACUCUAUCAUUGCCGCGACGAUCCCGCAUAUUCCGGGACGGAAAGGCAAUUGAUGGUGAAGGUUCAUCCUCCGUCCUAGGGCGUCUUUCUUUCCACUGGGUGAGCGAAUUGGUCGCGGUGGCCGAAGCCCGACGUCGGGUCACCUUGGAUGAUCUACCGGAGCUGGAUGAUCGGACACGAGCAGGGAUUCUGCAGGAGGAAUUUACCCAGGCCCCGUGCAAUAACCCAUCACAUCGCUGUGACGAAUGGUCUUUGUUCAGGCUACUGCUCCUUUCGCAUGGCAAAUGUCUGCGCAAUCAGAUUAUGCUUUCUAUCCCGCUCGCCGUGGUAGCGUUUACACCACAGUUAGCGUUGUGGAUGAUGCUGCAAUUGCUCGAAGAACAGUCAACGAGACAGUCAGAUACUGCAUCCUUGACGUGGUGGGCCUUGGUCUGUGGCCUUACGAUUGGUCUUUCUGCGUGGCUCGAGAACUGGCUGUUGUGGCUGGCGAUGAAUAAAAUCUCAGUUCCCUUGACACAGCAACUGACGGCGAUUCUCUACCAUAAACUUAUCUCUCACUCUCAGCUGGCUGGGGACAGUCUCAACGAGCAGAACCUCACAAACCUCAUCUCCAUGGACACACAACGCAUUGCGACCGUGGCAGGAUUCCUCUAUUCAAAUGUUCUACAGGCAAUGAAGCUAAUCGUCGCGAGUACCCUGCUGGCACAUUUACUAGGAUGGCAAAGUUUGCUUGCCGGACUUUCCACCUUGCUCAUCAUUACACCGCUGCACCGGAUCUUUCUGCAGAGGUACGGAGCAGCGGAGCGAGCCUUGACGGGUCUCCGGGAUAGUAAAAUGGCUGCACUAACAGAGGCCCUACAAUGUAUCCGACAGGUCAAGAUCGCCGCACUGGAACGCAAAUGGGAGGUUAAAAUCAAUCAACUUCUUGAGCGAGGGCUGCAGGAACACCGUGCCGCGUUCCACUGGUAUUUAAUGAAUCUAGCCUGCCAUCUAGUAGGACCUGUUCUGGUCUCGGCCACGGCUAUAGGCAUAUACACGUGGAGACAUGGGAGUCUGACCCCCUCUGUGGCGUUUCCUGCCCUGUCUCUGCUGGGAUACAUUCAGUUCAUCCUGGGGCUCAUUCCUGACCUUUGGUCUGGGAUCGUUGGCGCCAGGAUUAGCUUAAGGCGGAUAGGUAGCUUUCUUGAAACCGAGAAGGCGUCGUCGACCAUAGCCUCAGGGGAACGUAUAGAAUUCCAGAGCGCCACGGUAUGUUAUGAAAGCUCGGCAGGAGAUCAAGGCUCAGGGACAUUGCACAACGUAACAGCCAGUUUCCCACCUAAAGAGCUAAGCAUCAUCACGGGUGCCACGGGCAUGGGGAAGAGCCUCCUUCUACGAACGAUUCUGGACGAGUGCCACAUACAGUCUGGAAUUCUGCGACGUCCGGUACCAGCGUCACACGACGAGAUAUACGGACAGACAACGACUACACAACCAAGGUGGGUGAUUGAUCACGCCGUCGCAUUUGUCCCCCAGCUUCCGUGGAACGAGGCUGCCACAAUACGCGAUAAUAUUCUUUUCGGCCUGCCUCUUGAGCCGAAAAGAUAUCAAUCUGUGCUGUAUGCCUGCGCAUUGAUAAAGGACCUUGAGCAACUUGAGCACGGCGAUCUGACUGAUAUCGGCCCCAAUGGGUGUAAGCUGAGCGGGGGACAAAAGACGCGUGUCGCACUUGCUCGAGCCUUGUACUCACGAGCGGGAAUCCUGCUGCUGGAUGACAUUUUCAGUGCUGUGGAUAUUCACACUGCGCGACACAUCUUCAUCCAUGGCUUGACGGGUGAACUCGCCCAAGGCCGAACGCGAAUUUUGGUGACGCACCAUGUUCAGCUUUGUGCCUCUAAGGCCAAAUAUCUUGUAACUCUCGAUAAUGGGACAGUCGUUUUCGCAGGAAUCCCACCCUAUCUAUUGCACCCCAGCCUCGAAGAGAAUAGAGAUACGGCAGGUAAUGAGAGCAAGCAUGACAUACAUACGCCCGAGUCGACACCGGUUAGACAUUCAUACAACACACUAGUCUCGGCGGAUGAUCCGACCGAGAGAACGAAGGGUGCUUUCAUGGAGGAUGGCCGUUCACCACAGAAUUUAGUUCGACGGGAUGUGUUACGCCACUACAUUCAAACUAGCGGUGGGUCGAGGUCGUGGGCUGUCGUAGCUGGGUGCUAUAUUGGCUAUAAUGGUCUUCUCCUUGCUUUGGUAUGCACCGUUAGCUUUCUGCUAUUGAGGAUUCCAAUAAAAUCGAUAAACUAA